CUUCGUCAGUGGCAUCUGAAAUUUAUUGCGGUUUUGCAUUCUCUUAUGCAUAUUGCUUUCCCACGGCAACACGGUUGAUAACAGAUGAGGAGGUACCAGUGCACUGUACGUGACAUUGCCAACAAACUCAUACCAUCUUACCUUACCUAUUGGUACCUUUGGAAUACAUACAUGUAACCCAAUAGCCUUUUCUUGAUACGCUACAAGAGAUCAAUACUAGCUAGCUAUUAAGGGUAGUAAGGCAGCACCAUGACUCAACUUCGCACGAGUUCCCACCUGAUCUUUUUGGGUAUCCUCGGGGUAUUGAUAGUGUUAAUGGGGUUAUGUCACAAGACGGGAGUUAUCAACGUUUCUCAGAUCAACGCCAGUACUGCUAAACACAAGACUAUCGGUAACACUGCAGGCAACACGGCUAGAAAGGCAAGCAGCAGCCAGGACUACAAGAACACUAAAAAGUACAAAGAGUUGGUAGCCACCCGGGGAGGAGGAGACCCCAACAGAAUCUACUGUGAUCAGAACUCCAAGCAUCCAGAUUGCUGCUCUCCUGAUCAUUGUGUGGUCGUACAAAGGUCCACGCUCUACUCAGAGUGCUGCCAAAAUGUGCCAUCCAGUCAUCAUCGUCAUCGACAACUGCCUGUUCAUGUUGCUGGACAACCACGACAACCGCAACAACGACCAACACCACAACGACCCAUUACAGAACCCACACUCUUUCCCAUUCUCAUUACGGCCACACCCCGCAGUGGAACCGUAUUUGUCCAACGCUUACUCAAGAAAUUGGGUCUCUCUGUUUCCGAUGACUUUUCCAUUCCCCAUGGAGACGGUAUGGUCUCUUGGAUGCACGUCGUGCAAGAUGAUCAUUACUUUGGACCCGUCAGUAAUUUCAAAAAAAGCAAAUUUCAAACCGUAUGGCAUCAAGUACGAGAUCCACUCAAGUCACUCACCAGCAUGGCCUUUACGGAGCCAUUACGAGAAGACGGGAAACAAGCUGGCAGUGUCCUCUACAUGCGCUUUUUACGACGGCACAUUCCAGUGGCACGAAAGGAAGAAGUACUCUCCAAACUAAAACAGCAGCAGACUGCCAUCACUACUACUACAACCACAACAACAACCAACAAUAACCAAACAACGUCCCCGUACAAUGAACAGUUUCUGAUUCAUCGUGGAAUGGAGUUUUACAUUCACUGGCAUCGCUACAUUUUGUCACUAAGGAUACCCCUCUUUCAUCUCGAGGAUUUGACCGAACACAAAAACAUGACUGUCCUCGAUGCCAUUUUUGCGUCCGUGGGAAAACCACUCCCCGAUCAUACUGUGGCCACGAGAUUGAUUGAUCAAAAACGACGUCGACAAUUGCAGCAACAAUACACACAGCCGCAGACACCCACGCAGAGUUACACGUACCCCGCCUUGAACAAACCACUUGCCCCAGCGACAGGUAAACCUCCCCAGCGAAUCCCGGGAAAUCUCCUUGUUUCACAAUAUACAUCAUCUUCAUCAUCAUCAUCUGCAGCAGCCAAUAAUAAUAAGAACAAGAUGAAAAAAGGCAAUACGAACAGUCGAAAACACCGAGACACAUUGUCGUGGGAAGAGUUGUGUCGAGUGGAUGCGCAGCUGACAAAAGACUUUUUAAAGGUCUGUCAUGAAGUGGGGUACUACUUGGACAAGGAAAUGGUGUGUUGAAGAAUACCUACAAGAUGCUACAGAAGAACUGGUGAAUGGGAAACAGAGAUGCUAAUUUGCAGGGCGUGGGGACGACGAGGGAGCAUCCGUAAUGUGCAAUUAUUAUUAUUAGUCAUUGUACUAUUUAAUUUAACUUUAUAGAAACUUGCUAGCUAGUGGGUUGAGAAC